AUGAUGUUGAAUACCAAAUUCCUUCAACUAAUAACGAAAGUUAUUACAAUACUAUGCCUUCUUCUGCAGGGACACAUAUGUGAUGGAGGGUUCAACAAUGAAGCAGAGGCUCUUCAUGAGUUCCAAAAUGGUUUGAAAGACCCUUCAAAUCUUUUAUCUUCAUGGACAGUUGGAGAAGAUUGUUGCCAUUGGAGAGGAGUUGGAUGUAACACAACCACAGGCAAUCAACUUGAUACAUUUUCCAACGAUUCCUACCAAGCUAAUCCACAACUUUGUGAUAUUCCAAUCACAAAAGCAUGCCCUAAAAAUAGUUCAUUCGAAGAUGCACAUUGUAGUCACACCGAAGAAGAACAUAAAAAUGACAACAACCAUGGAGACAAAAGAAAGGGCAUAGUAAUAAACCCAUUCUACAUAACCAUGAUUGCAGGUUUUUUUACUGGAUUUUGGGUAUUUUGGGGCUCCAUAUUACUCUUUACAUCUUGGAGACAUGCAUAUUUCCGUUUCCUAAGCAACAUGGAAGAUAGGAUCUAUGUCACUGUAGUUGUCACAUUUAAUAAAUUGCACAGAAAGCUUCACACUCAGAAACCUCCCCAGUAA